AUAUUGUAGUUUAUGUUUUCCUUUUGAUUUUUUCCUUUCCUUCUAUUCUUAGAUGUUCGGUUUAAAACAUAAUUUUAUUAAUAUUUCAGCAAAAUUCUGCGUUAAUGCAAAGUUCACUACUUCGCAAUUCAUGUCAUUUUCUGUAUUGCUCUUUAACAGCAUUUUUAGUGUAAUAUUUCUUUGAUGCACUAAGUGCCGCUGUUGGCCAGUAUGUUCGGGCUUUAAACAUUCGUUUUUAGAUCCUCCUCCACUGCCUGACAUCAUGCUGUCUGUAGAAUAUUUCUUUCAUUCAGACGAUCUCUGUUUGACACUGAUGCAUCGAGAAAUUCGCUGCCCUGUGUUUUCGUAUUAACUUUGAUAUUCUUCAGUCUCCUUUAAUAUUUUGUGCCUGGUCUUCUCUUCUGUAGUGGAAUAGAAGACUUGGAUUAUGUCGGUUCUUUGUUUUUACGCCCAAAGAGGCGCAUCUUCGACGCGGAUUUCAUCAUGGCUAAUGCAGGCUCUCGUUCUGUGCGUCUUUGUCAUGGCCGUUGCGCGCGGGCAGGUCCGUUAUUCUAUUCCAGAGGAGAUGACAAAGGGCUCACUGGUGGGCAAUAUCGUACAGGAUCUCGGUUUGGAUGUUAAGAGGCUGAAAUCUGGUCGAGCACGGAUCUUUACUGAGGACAGUCGUGAGUACAUCGGUCUGAAUGUGGAUAAAGGGACUCUGGUAGUGAAAGAGAGGAUAGAUAGAGAGGAGCUGUGCGCCCAUGUGUCUCCCUGCUCCUUACAUUUUCAGAUUAUUCUAGAAAAUCCAUUGGAGCUGCAUAGAAUUGAUGUGGAAAUAUUAGACAUUAAUGAUAAUGCUCCUGUUUUCACACGCCGAGAAAUACAGUUUCAAAUAAGUGAAUCAGCUACACCUGGAGCCAAAUUUUCUUUAGAUAAUGCGCAAGAUUCUGAUGUGGGUUUAAAUACUCUUCAGAAAUACACACUAUAUCCGACUGAUAAUUUUUCUCUGAAAGAACAGAUGGGAAAUGAUGGAUUGAAAUAUGUUGAAAUGGUUCUACAAAAAACACUAGACAGAGAAAAUCAAGAGGAGCAUAAAUUAAUACUGACUGCGUUUGAUGGCGGCAGUCCUCAGAAAUCAGGCACUAUUAAAAUAAGUGUUCUUGUAAUCGACGCAAAUGACAAUGCUCCUGUGUUUAGUCUCCCCGUGUAUAGAGUUUCCUUACUGGAGAAUUCACCAAAGGGCACUGAUGUCGUGAGCGUGACUGCAACUGAUAAAGACAAAGGAACGAAUGCUGAACUGACGUAUUCCUUCUCACAAACUUCAGGAAAGGCUUUAGAGCUAUUCAAUAUAGAUUCAGAAAGUGGUGACAUUACUGUUAACGGUGACCUGGAUUUCGAGAGGUCAAAACAUUUUCAAUUGCAUGUUGAAUCAACAGAUAAAGGUGGCUUAACAGAUUCCAGUAAAGUUAUUAUCGAAUUAAUUGACGUUAAUGACAAUGCGCCCAUUAUAAGCUUAAUUUCAUUUUCUAACCCUAUACCCGAGGACGCAGCGCCGGAGACUGUGAUAGCGAUGCUGAAUGUCAAAGAUAUGGAUUCGGGGAGAAACGGACAGGUUACAUGUUCUAUUGCUCAAAAUUUGCCCUUCAAAAUACAGUCAUCCGCUUCAAAUUUUUAUAGUGUGACAACCGAUCAGUUAUUGGAUCGUGAAAAAAUGUCUGAAUAUAAUAUCACAAUAACAGCCAUUGAUGAGGGCUCACCGGCUUUCUCUAUUAAUAAAACACUGACUCUAAAAAUCUCUGAUGUUAAUGACAACGCCCCUGUGUUUCAGCGUCAGUCAUACACCUCAUAUGUGAUGGAAAAUAAUUCGCCCGGAGUCUCUAUUUUAUCUGUUAAAGCGCAUGACAAAGACUCUGGCAAUAACGCGCGUAUUUCAUAUUUUCUAGAGGAUAUUCUUGUGAAUGGUGUCUCUGCAUCGACGUUUAUUUCAGUGAAUGCAGAGAGCGGAGAGAUUCUUGCUGUCCGUUCGUUUGAUUAUGAGCAAACAAAAGAAUUUAACAUUCGCGUAAAAGCGCAGGACGGAGGAAAUCCUCCUCUCAGCAGCAACGUGAGCGUGAAAAUAAUGAUUCAGGACCAAAAUGACAACGCGCCUCAGGUUCUGUAUCCGGUCCAGUCAGGUGCUUCUGUGGUGGCUGAAAUAGUGCCUCGUUCUGCAGAUGUGGGUUAUCUGGUGACUAAAGUGGUUGCUGUUGAUGUGGACUCUGGACAGAAUGCCUGGCUCUCAUAUAAACUACAGAAAGCCACAGACAGGGCGCUGUUUGAAGUGGGCUUACAGAAUGGAGAAAUAAGAUCUGUGCGCCAAGUGACAGAUAAAGAUGCUGUGAAACAAAGACUCACUGUUGUAGUGGAGGACAACGGGCAGCCCUCUCGAUCAGCUACAGUCAAUGUUAACGUGGCGGUGGCGGACAGCUUCCCUGAAGUGCUCUCGGAGUUCACUGAUUUUCCGCAUGACAAGGACUACAACGACAACCUGACUUUCUAUCUGGUCUUGGCCUUGGCUGUAGUUUCGUUUCUCUUUAUCGUGUCUAUCAUUGCCAUACUGUCAGUCAAAUGCUACAGAUGGAGACGCGAGCAGAUGUUUUACAAAUCUGGAGCGAAUCUUCCAGUUAUUCCGUAUUAUCCGCCUCUUUACGCAGACGUAGGGGGCACAGGAACUUUACAGCACGUGUACAAUUAUGAGGUUUGCAGAACCACUGACUCCAGAAAGAGUGAUCUGAAAUACGGCAGACCUUGCAGUGAGAGCAUCAUUAGUCUGGACAGCAGUGGAACACAGACACUCACGCAUGCGCAAAGAGGAAAACUGAAUAAUGACGAUUCUGUUGAUGAGGUGAGCUCGAGUGAAUUUUCAUAA